UCAUCCCUUGCUAGAUAAGAACAGCUAUUUAAACUGCACCAGAAGCUCACUCCCUGACAGUUGGUUGAGGUCGUGGACUGCUUCAGCUUCUCAUUUUUGGCAUGAAUUUGGAAAUGACUUUUGAUGGCAAGAUGAAGUCUGUGAACGAGCAGCCUGACCAGAAGGCAUGUCAUAAGAAGGCUAAAGGUUUGCUUUUUCUUUUGUCCCCAUGGUGGUGCCCUGCUGCUAUGGUUCUCAUCAUCGUUUGCCUGGGGUUAUCAGUGACCCUUAUUAUACAGUGGAUGCAAUUACUCCAGGUAUCUGACCUCCUAAAGCAAUACCAAACAAACCUUACUCACCAAGAACAUAUCCUGGAGGGACAGAUCUUAGCCCAGCAGCAAGCAUCAAAUGCUUCAGAGAAGAAACUCAAGGAAACUAUAGACACCCUUACCUGGGAGCUGAAGGAGAAAUCCAAAGAGCGCGAAGAACUUCUGCAACAGAACGUGAACCUCCAAGAAGCCCUGCAGAGAGCUGAAAACUUUUCAGUACUCCAGGUAUCUGACCUCCUAAAGCAAUACCAAACAAACCUUACUCACCAAAAACAUAUCCUGGAGGGACAGAUCUUAGCCCAGCAGCAAGCAUCAAAUGCUUCAGAGAAGAAACUCAAGGAAACUAUAGACACCCUUACCUGGGAGCUGAAGGAGAAAUCCAAAGAGCGCGAAGAACUUCUGCAACAGAAUGUGAACCUCCAAGAAGCCCUGCAGAGAGCUGAAAACUUUUCAGGUCCUUGCCCAGAAGACUGGUUAUGGCAUAAAGAAACCUGUUACCUGUUCUCUUCAGAGUCAUCUUUCUGGACCCAGAGCCAAGAAACUUGCCUGUCUUUGGAUGCUCAGAUGCUACAAAUUAAUAGCGUAGAUGAUCUGAACUUCAUCUCACAAGCAACUUCCCAUUCCACCUCGCCAUUUUGGAUGGGAUUGCACAGGAAGAAAAAAAACGAUCCUUGGCUGUGGGAGAAUGGCUCUCCUUUGCGUCCUCACCUAUUUAAGAUCAGGGGGAUUCCUGCCCAGACGCAUCCAUCAGGCACCUGUGUGUACAUUCAAGAGGGAGCUGUUUUUGCUGACAACUGCAUUUUAACUGCAUUCAGCAUUUGCCAGAAGCAGGCAAAGCUUUUGCUAAUGCAAUGAAUUUAAAGAUCCUGGAAGAACAGGAGAAGACCUUGGACUGUUGUUGUGAAAUUUAAGCUAUUCUUGCCUACUUGAAUGUAAAACAUGAUUUCCCUGACAGCUGUCAGCAAACUACUACCUUCAGUUCACCUCAGCAGAGGCAAGGACCAGAAGCAGAGACUGGGGAUCCAGUUGGUUGACAUCUUUGUUUCCGACGUUGUGAGUUCAAUUGUUUAUCCACAGCUUUGCUCUGUCCAAGCCUCCCAGUCAACUUGCAAUCCUUCAUCCCUUCCCUGUUUUAAAUGAUGACGCCUGCUUGACCUGAAAAAUCAGCCUCCUAUACCUCAGAGUGACUUUUGGAGCUGCAUGGAAGGCAGAAUAUAGAGACCCUGCUAAAGUGCAGGCUGAAGGCUCAGGAGGAAGGUGUGUCUGAGAAGCAGAACAGAGGAAAAACAACGCUACAAGCAGGGACUUGUGUUGCUGCUGAAGCCCUAGCUUGAUCUUUGUAACUGUGGUCCAUCUCCAGACUGCACCAUUUACACGUUUGCAUUUCUAAAUUUUAUUUUAUGUUUGUAGGGGGUUGCCUACAUGUGUUUCUGUUUGCCACAUGAGUGCCUGAUACUGUUGGAGAUCAGAAGUGAGCAUACUGUCCCCUUGGAACUGGAAUUUACAGAUGGUUGUGAGAUGUUAUAUAGGUGAUAGGACUUGAACUCGUGUCCUCUGGAAGAACAGUCAGUGUUCUUCAUCAUGAACUACCUCUCCAUUUGCUGUGAUCAGUUCUUGCAUAAGUUGUUUCUUCAUCUUUUCUCUAUCAAACAACAGUAUUGUGAAUUUAUCCCUGUAAAAUAGUAUUGGUUGGAAUGGUAUAAAAUGUGGGCCCAAAGCAAAACCAGACAUUUUUCUUUUUAAAUUACACAUCCUAUGUAGACAACUUCUCCUUGAUUGCUAUGCUAUGAUUUAGAAACACAUAUGACCAAGAUGGAAGAAACUAAGUUUUGGGACAAGUUCGUAGAGCAAUAUGAGUUAGGUAUAAAAAAUCGUGGGGUUUUUUUUGUUUGUUUUUUUGGAACAGAUGGACUUAGAAGCUUCUAUUUUCAAAGCUUCCAUUCUCCACACACUUCAUAGACCCUUCCACUUCAAAGGAAGCAUUCCAUUGUUUUAGGUAAACAAUCGUGUGUGUGUGUGUGUGUGUGUGUGUGUGUGUGUGUGUGUGUGUGUGUUUAUAUGAUAGCUGCAUCCUUGGGGAAAUGAGACAGGGAUAAUUUUUCACUGGCAGAUUUUCUGUGUAAUGAACUUACACUAAACUGAAUUUGUAAAUAAUGUAAACUGUGGUGAUCAUAUCACCAUAGCCAAGGUGAUGAGCAUAUCUGUCACUUUUGUCCCUUCCCAAUGCCUCCUCCCUAAAGCAAACACUGAUCUGUUUUCAGCUUGCAUUUCAAAGAGUUUAGAUUUUUUUUUUAUGACAGGGUCUCACUAUGUAGCUCUGGCUGACCUGGAAUUCAUUAUGUAGACCAGGCUGAUCUCUGACUCAGAGUUUCUCCUGCCUCUGACUCCCAAGUGCUAAGAUUAAAGGAGUGCAUUGCCACAUGUAACUCGAACAGUUUAUGUGAAUGGAAUUACCCGUUAUGUGGUUUUGGUCCAGCUUUUUUUUUUUUUUCACUUGGUGCUAUUAUUUUGAUAGGCAUGUAUUUCCACCUCAGUGUUUUCAUCAGUUUCUCAUUCAUUUUCAAUGUUAAGCAUUCCACUACGGGUACAAACUGUUCAUUGUUUAUCUGUGUACUUGUUGAUGUCAUUUGGGUUGUUUAAGGUUGGGUUCACUUACUAAUAAAGCUGCUACAAAUG